AUGGACGGCGACUCGAGCCAGCUGGCCGUGCAGCCUCUUGUCGCGGCCGGCUCCUUCAAUUGGGUCUUCCUGGUUGAGAUACUGGUCUGCGGCAUCUUGGGACUCUUCUUCCUGUUCUACUUCAACCGGCUGUUCGCUACUCUUAUCGCCUACUGCAUUCGAGCGUGGACAUGGCACAAAUACCGGGCUUACAUCGACAUAACCGCUCUGCAGAUCAGCUUGCUUGGAGGGCGGAUUUUCUUCAAGAGCAUCCGCUAUCAUGCUCAUAAUGUCACGGUACUGGUCUACGAAGGUCAUAUCACCUGGAGAUAUUGGUUGCGGCUGGUGCAAAAGGCGGAAGCGUUCGAGGCGGAGGGCCUGAGCAAGACAUCCAAGGAUCCUUCUGUUGAAAAGGACGAUGAUAGCAGCAGCGGGAAGGAGAAGGACAAGUCGCGGAGUCGAAGUGUGGGCAAAGAAGAAAGGGCGGGUGGCAAAAUGAAAAAGGAAUUGCCCUGCCGAAUAUCUGUCAAGGUAGCUGGGGUGGAAGCAUUCGUGUACAAUCGCAGUCCACUGUAUGACAUGAUAGUGGAGCAGACUCGAAAGAAGGCUCCUCAACCACCAAGCUCUUCAGGGAGCGACGAAAAGCGAGCUGGACACAACACUUCUUCAUCCUCCGGAGACAGUCGGAAGGGCCAGACUGCGUCGUUUGGGUUUGGUCCAGAGAAGACGAACACACAGGACACCACUGGCAUGGCCUCUGUCGAGCAGACAUAUAGCCAAUCGAAUCAGAAGAUGCCAGAGCUACCGGCUUUCUUGCGCAUGUUCCCGAUCAAGAUCGAGUGUAGAAAGGCUGCAGCCGCCGUGGGGAACGAACACACUACCAGUAUAGUCGUCGCGAAACUCGAUAAAGCCGUAGGGACAAUCGACGCUGGCCACGCUGGCCCGCUCGACCUCUACAAGCUGCUUUUCAACUUUGAUCUUGAGAACAUCAACGCGACGAUGAAGCCAAAUCGCGACUUCAAACAGUUGCAACGCGAUGCUGCCAGGCGGAUCCUGAGCGACAAAGAGGCCGAUCCCACGCCCAACGAAUCCAGCCACGCUUUGUUCUUACGUUCGCUCCGGAAGAGGUGGCAUACUCUGACCAACGUUUUCCCGAACAGCAAUAGCGUCAACGGCUCCUUGCGCGCAGCAUCCAUGGUUUCUAAAGUCGACGGCACUAACACGCUACGGGAUGAGCUUCCUGGGCAAACGGAAUGGCAUGGCUUGGCUCGCUACCUGGAGGACGAGAAACAAGAUGAACACGACGAGUGGAAAGACGUUGAAUAUGGCAAAGCAUCAACAUUGGCAGACAUCGAAAAGCUCAACUUUCGCUUCUACUUCGAUAUGCCUGGUCAGGUCCAAAACAACGUUACUGAUGGUAGUAGCUCGGCCUAUCUCGACGACAUGAACGGCUCCAAACCACCAGACUACGGCAUGGAUUUUCUCGUCCAUGGUGGCGUUGUCACAUACGGUCCAUGGACUGACCGCCAAAGGUUGAAUCUGCAGCAGAUCUUCUUUCCUGCUUCGUACGUCGACUCCACGCCGACUGAAACUUUGAAGCCCGGCGAGACGCGGAAUUGGUCACUCUUCAAGAUCUUUGUCCUGGUGGAAAAAGACGUCACCCUGCGCAUCCCAUCCAGAGAGUCAUCCAAAGAUACAAAAUGGCAAGGCCGUGCGGCUAAAAGUAAACACGCUGACGGGCAGGAUGGAGGCACCACAAAGCGGAAAGGCAGACACGGUCGGCCACACCGGCACGCACGGCGGCGCAAAGGCAAGCAAGGUACAGCUGGGAGUGAUGCGAGACCAUAUGCCUGGCUUGACAUAACAGUCAAAACGGACUCCACCAUCAAUUACACAAUGGACAUGUUUGCACGCACCACUGGCUAUGUCAACAAGCUCAAUUGCGACAUUAAAGGCACUGAGAUCACGUCCAGCGUCAACCAUGGUCUGCUUUGGCGGACUGGAGCUGUCUCCUUGGGCGCCGAUCUGUCACAGCCGACUUCGUGGAAUUCGUUACGAAAGUGGCCGUUCGACAUCACCAUCGAUGACAUGGAGCUGUUCAUUCUCCGUGAUCAUAUGUUUUUGAUCAUCGACCUUGUCAACGACUGGUCGUCUGGGCCGCCAGGUGACUUCUUUACAUUCGUGCCGUACAUCUACAGUCUCCGGAUGCUGUUCCGUAACUUCAUCAUCUACCUCAACGUCAACGACUCGAACAUCGUCAACGACUCUGCAGACCUAGACAAGAACGAUUUCUUGACGCUGGAGGGCCGCUUAGAAUCCACGCUGGACAUCAGCAUGGACAAGUAUCGUCCGGUCCGCAACAUGAUCACAUUCGACGUCCUUGCCACAGAUAUGCGCAUGAGGAUGAUCAACCCGACGCGAAGUACAUUCGCCCCCUUCGUCAAGGACAAAGUGGUGGCUGAGCUGCCAAAGCUGACUCUGAGCGGCUCGUACAGUGGUCAUCUCGAGGAGCGGCAUGGGCUGACAGAUACCUUGCGCUUCGACAUCGUUGGUUCUGGUCUGACGCUUAAAGCCUACGGAUUUUUGGUACGCCAGCUCAUCAAUGUCAAGGAGAACUACUUCGGCGACUACAUGCAUUUCAAGACCCUUGAAGAGUUCCAGAGUGCCGAUGAUGACCUUGCUGUCGCCAAUCUCAAGACAUCAAGUCUACCAAAACCAACGUCAACCAAUGAACUGGACGUCAUGCUUUGCAUCAUCGCUGAAGAUGCCACUGUGCUUUUCCCAACCAACAUCUACUCCUGCGACGACUUUGUGCGGAUAGAGUUGCCAGUGGCCAAUCUCGAUUUACGGAUUAUCAGCUACUACCUCGACAUGGGCCUACAGCUUUCACCUUUGACGUUCUUGUCGGGCAGCAUGUCCCAGGACGAUUCCUCCGGCGAUUCUGCAUCCAGUACGCAGAUGUUUGUCAAGCAUGUUGACCUAGAUGGCCACCGCGCUUUUGGGCUACCUCCCGACGAGCCCGCCUACGUGAAUCAGUGGAACAUUGACGUUGGGUCCAUCACGGGCGAGUUCUCAAGCUCCUUCAUCCACGACUUGGCUAUGGCGAGCAGAGCUUUCGUCUACGGCUUCCAAGAUGGCGACAACGCUUUGCCCCUGCCUUCGCCGAGCGUGUUCUUUGACUCCACAUUCGUCCAAGUACGGACAGACAUCGUGCGAAUAUGGUUCCACAUCGGCAAGGAUGCAUUACUGCUUUCUCUUGACCCGGUGGACGUAGUGACGAACGACUGGGCUGGUGAAACAUUCUCUCAAAGAGUCAGUGUACUGGCGCCAAACGUCACUCUUGCUUGCGUGGACGCGAGAAGUGCUGCUCGCAGUCGGGCCCGCGACACGCCAGGUCACAGCGGCAAGGCUACUGUACGAACGUACGCCUUCUUACAGACUGGCGUUGCUGUUAAUGUUGUAAUGCGGAAGCUUCACUUCGAAGAAGAGAGAAGAAAGCAACAAGCCCAUAUCCGCGAGCAUGAUCUGAGGACACAUCGAGCCUCGUUUUUGCAGCGGCGAUCAACUCAGUUCGUUGAUGCGGACCACGAAGACCCUGAGUACUACCCACCUGCGAUGCCGUAUCCUAUGCUGCCAUUGCCACUCAAUCAAUCUGGGGGCUUGCAGUCCAGGCCUGCAUCUCUUCGAUCGGUUCAACAUGCAAAGCAGAUCAACCCAAAGCAAUCGUCUUCGUCGUUGUCUGCCUCUGUCAAAGCUGCACCCGUCCCCAAGAACCCGAGGCUGCAGGAAAUAGAACAAGACGAUCUACUUGCGACACCGUCGUUCCGAAGCGUGCGAAGCAGUAGUCGGGCAUCAUCGGCAGAUUCCAACAGAGGUCGCCAUAGACCUUCCGCAGAUCGAGGCAAAGCUCGCAACGCAUUUGCACGUUCUACCAUGGCAUUCUCCAGCUCGUUUGCCGAGCCAUACUUCCCGCUCGAGUUAGUCCAGCCAGACGAGGCAAACGUUCCUGACUUCAGUCCGAUAGCAGGGGAUGAUGAAACAGAUUCUGACGCAUCAUCGUUAUCAUCCGGCACCAUCGAUGAGCCUGAUCUCGAUGAAGAUGCUGCUCAGACUUCGGUAUUGAUCUCAGUCGCACCCGGCAUAAGAGCAUAUUUUGAGCCGAGAGUUGUGGUCACUGGCACGAAGCUGAUUCGUAAGGUGCUUCCAAAGCAUCCUGAGGAGGUUAUGGAUGCUUUUCAAAUGGAUGUUCUUGCAGCUAUCACUGGAGUGCAGCAGCAACGUCACGGCUCUAACUCGACCUUGGAGAUCAAAGUUGACCUUCCUGCAGCGCAAUUGAGAGCUGCCAACCCUGCUUCAAAUGGCUCGGAAGAUGACCGUCUCGACCUGUCCAUUCGGUCAGUGGAUGUCCUUGUUCGAACAAGGGACCUCCCCAACGGGAGCGGUCCUAACGAGACAAUUGCUGUUCACUCCACAAUGGGCAACGUCGAUGCCACACUCGGUACGAAAACACAACUCGCUGCCGACAAUGCUCCUGCAGCAUUUAGCAUCAGCGACGCUCUGGUUUGGUUGGCUAUCGGAUCAUCGCAGUCCAUCAAUGCAUCUGUCAGUGAGACUGCACUAAGAAUUUCUGGCGAGCAAGCGGCGUACUUGACAGACUUUGUGCUUCGACUGCUGCCAGUCAUAGAGGAGCUUCAGCCGAAGGUGCUGGAACCAUUGGAGAUUGGUCGCCAGCGCCUGCUUCUGCUCAUACGGACGUUGAUCGAGCACAGCGAGGAAAGUGGAGACCCACCGUUCAUGUCGCGGAUGACUUACAUACUGCGAGCUUUUCAGGAGCACUUCCGCAACCAGGAUUCCUGGAAGAUUAUGAUGAGACUCAGGAACAUCUUGCACAAUCUGCCUCCUGAAGUGCGAAAGAGUCUGAUAGAGAGGAGCACCUCUCUAGUGCCAGAGCAAAACUUCGAUGCACCUGUCAAGGAGCUGGAAGAAUGGGCAUCUUGGCGGAACUGGGAUGUACCCAACGUUCACCAGACAGUUGCGUUCCAACAGUUGCUCGAGACUGGCGAUGCCAUGAGUACGCAGCCUGCGGAAAGCAAGCCUCUCAUCCUAGCUGUGAGGUCUGAACACCUUCGAAUUGCUGUCACGGCCGAGAAGUUCUCCAACGAGAUUGUGUUGGAGGAGACCACUCUGGGACUAAGUCAGAUUCCGCCGACAGCGCCUACUGGACUGAUGCUCCUGGACGAGAAUACAAGGACGAAGACCGAGCUUCAAUUGCACACAGGCUCCAUUGCGCUCUCGGCCAAUUGGAGUGUGUUCAACAUCGUCGAACGAAUAUUGCCUCUUGUGGAAAAGCUGCAAGCACUAUCGCAUCGAUUGUCCAAGCCAAAGCGUUCGCCUCCGGAUGGCCACUUGGAGUAUGGCCUCACUCGACAUGUCUUCCAUGUUGUCGUGUCGACAGAUAACGGCAGCAUUGUCCUAGAGACGAUCAAUCUGCGCCACCUUUCUCGAGCCGACCGAAUGAAGUUGUCAGUGAUCGGGACAACCGAAGCAGAAGAGCCCUAUGGACCAUGUGCUAGUGCACUCAUUCACGCCGAAGCUGCAAUCACUGAACUUCGUGGGCCUAAGCGUCGCUUGUGGCACACGAAUCUGGAGUCCCCGAGCAUCUACCUUGACCACCUGCAACCGCGAGCUGAUGCCUCAGUCCCGCCCUCUGUGACCGUUGCCAUCAGCUACAGUACUCUGGAUCUGGCUGUACAGGAGCCGAUACCUGGUCUCCUACACAUUGUCGGCUCCGUCAUCAAAGAUGAGGCUUCGAAAAUCAUGAAGCUGGUGGAUAGCGCACAGUCGUCAACUGUCCCGCAGGAGAAGACGCCACCAUCUAAGGCGCGUUCAAAAGCUCCUCCCAAGAUCCACUUCGCUCUUCUCGCGGGACAGCUGCGGCUUCAACUCUCCUUGCUCCAAGUACUAAGUUACCAACUUCAAGGUACCGCAGCCAGUGUCCGGGUUGCCCCAAACCUGGACCGAGACAGAGCAUGGGCGAUCGAUUACGAUGUCGGCAGACAGACGCAUUGCUUCAUCAACUCAAGCUCGAACGAGACUCAUGAGCAGAACAUUCUGGACAUCCCACCGAUUAAUGGCCACGUCGGGCUAGAAUUGGAGCCAGCGGUGACCUCGUUGUCGGUUGCAACAAGCAUGGACAGGGUGGAGAUCGACGCUUCUGCUAUUCAAGGUGUGGUUGCGGUCAUGAACAGGCCAGAGGUCCAGGAUGUGGUUGCAGGUAUCAGACACAGCAUUGGAGACAUCCAAAGAGACGUGGAAAAGUUGAAGCCUCAGUCUCCGCCUGUUGAGUCUCAAGUCACUCGUGGCCGCCCACUGGUUGCUUUCGAUGUUCGCUUUGCUCUCCUUGGUGUAAGGGUGGCAACCAAAACACCGCAAGGCCACAACACCGCCUCCGCCGGAAUAGAGCUCGGCAUUGGUCCCGUCUACGUCAGCGCUUCGAAUCGGGACAACUUCGAUCAAAACCAGUCCCUGCUGCCAGAGGUUCGUGCGCAGAUUCGUGACAUUGGAGCAAAGCUGCACAAGUACGUCGACGGCAGACAGCAAUCGUGCGGCAAUCUGGAAUUCGGCAUCACCCUUCAUUUCACUUCUCACCUUGAUGCAGACGACAAGGUGGCGAGAGAACUAAAGAUACAGAGCCGUGGCUUCGAGGUCAACGUGUAUCCGGACACUGCUUCCACAGCUGUAGAUGUGAUCAACCACCUUCAAGACAAGAUCAAGGACCUAGACCUUUCCCAUGAGAUGGACUACUUACGUCGCAUUCGCGACUCAAGGCGACAUACUGUCAUCCAGAAGAUGAGCAACAAGGAGGAAUCCACCAGCGAAGAGGAGGCCGCUUUCUCUGCAACCGACUUGCUCUCGGUGUCUACAUCCGUCGAGCUUACGGGUAUACGUGUCGCAUGGAUUGUUCCUACAGCAUAUGCUGGUGGAGGACAGCGGCAAGUCUCCGAUCUAGUCCUAAGCCUCGAACGCAUUGAGUUCACCACUCGCGGCGGCCACGAAGCCAAGCUGUCCAUCCAGGAUAUGCAGCUCCAGCUUGCAAAGAAAGAUGCCGCCUUGGUGAGGCGUUCUUGGAACUCUGCCCUGCUAUCCGAAGUCAGCUUUAGUGUGGCUUACUGGUCAGUUGGCAAGAACCGAAGCAUAGCCUUCAAAGCUGCAGGCAAACCGCUCGAGAUCCGAUUAGAAUCGAAGUUCAUUGUGGAAGCCGAUGCUGUUCAAAAGUCGAUCCACGAUGCUGUUGAGAAGUUCAAGCUGGGUACCGCGACAUGGAAGACCCGGGCCGCCUCGAUUGGAAAGCCACGGGCAGAGAUGUUCGACACGAAACUUCUGUCCUCUCUUCUGAUGGAGGCUGAUUUUGCGGGCGCUAUUGUGUACGUUCAAGGUACUGGUCCUCGUGACAGAAGUCUCUCUCUUCUCGCAGCUUCGUCCCAGCAACAAGGGUCUCAUCAUGGACGCUACGGACAGUUUGCGGCAGAUGGAGCUCAGAUGCAGACGACACUCAAAGCUCCUGGCAUUGCUAUGAAGCUCGAAUACCACGCAAAGAUCGAAGGACAACAGCCUACCGUCAAUGGUGAGAUACAGAUCGAGGCAUCGAACAACAUGCUGCUGCCAAACGUCGUCCCGCUGAUACUCGAGAUAUCGAACGGCGUGAAAGAAGUCAUGCAGACGCAGGAUGGUGCAGCUACACCCAAGCAAGAGCCUGCAGCAGAUCACAAAGCUUCCCAGCAUUUCUUCGAGGACGAGUCCAUCGUCACCGCCGAUCCUGCGGCCAUCUUCGGGAAGACCAAGGUCGAUAUUGGACUUCGCAUUUGUCGACAAGAGUUUGGGCUCACUUGCCAGCCUAUCGCACGAGUCGAUGCCAAGGCACAAAUGGAAGACCUCUACAUCACGAUGAAUACUAUCGACUCGGAUGAGCACGGUCGCUUCUUCGCAAUCUCGGCAGUGGUCACAAAGCUAAGCACUCAAGUCAAGCAUGUGUACUCUCGGGAGCCGACUUUCAGCUUCGACAUGGACGCAAUCAACUUGUCAGUCCUCAACAGCAAGCACCUCAGCGGAACAAGUGGCAUUUCGGCCAUCCUGAAGAUCAACCCAACCAGCACUUUCAUCAACGGGAAGCAACUACAGGAUCUCCUGCUGUUCCGUGAGAUUUGGCUACCGCCUGAGAUUCGGGCAGCGCAGUCCUCGUCUCCGCCGCCACAACAGUCUCCUGGCCGACAAGAAGACUUCUUCGCGCAGAAGUACCAGAGUGUCGCUGCUGCUGCUGCUUUCCCGUGGAAUGCCACAGUCUCUAUUGCAGAGCUUGCAGUCAACCUUGAUCUCGGCCAGAGCAUCGGCAAGCAGUCUUUCACCAUCACCGACCUUUGGGCUUCCCAGGCGAAGUCGUCCAAUUGGGAGCAAAACCUCUGCAUUGGCAUGGAGGAGAUGGCAAUGAACGGCUCCGGCAGGAUGAGCGGCUUCAUACGUCUCAACAAGCUCGGAAUACGCACCACGAUCAAAUGGCCCCAGGAUGUUGCGCAACAGCAUCGCCGUACUCCGCUUAUCCAAGCAUCGGCUGGGUUCCAGCGACUUCGCGCAAAGGCUGCGUUUGACUAUCAGGCUUUCGCGUUUGGCGACAUUGAAGGCUUCGACUUCUUGAUGUACAAUGUGCACCAGACCCAUGGUGAAGCAAAGGACAGGCUUGUUGCAGUCCUUGACUGCGAAAAGGCAUACGUCUUCUGUACCUCAACCAGUCCAGCACAAGCCCUGGGGUUAUAUCAGGCUUUCGAUCGGCUCAUACAGGAGAAGCAGCAAGCCUUUGUUCAGUCUUUGAAGGACAUUGAGAAGCACCUGCGCCGUGAGAGCACCAUUGUGCCAACCAGGUUCGGACCACGGAUACCUGAUUCACCCAUUAUCCGGCGAGACAAGAAAGAUGCCAUCGCCCUCCAUACAGAUGUGGUCUUGACUAUGGGCACCAUCAGCUUCGGCGUCUUCCCAAGCACCUUUUUCGACAGCCAGAUACUCAAGCUCGAAGCCAACAACAUCCAGGCUCGCUUCGCCGUGGGCGUGGAGAAGGGCAAGAUCCAGGGCGGUCUUGGAAUGACUCUCGGGCAACUACAGGUCGCGCUCGCCUCCGUCAAACGCCCUUCGGCAGUUCCACGAGCGCUGGACAUCUCGGUCGAUGACGUUGUCAGCAGUGCUGUAAAUGCGAAGGGAGGCACGAUCCUGAGAGUACCCAAGGUCGUCGCAUCGAUGCAGACCUGGCAAGACACCAACAGCAACAACGUCGACUACAUCUUCAAGAGUCUAUUCGAGGGCAAGAUCGACGUCGGCUGGAACCUGUCACGCAUCGACUUUAUCAAGAACAUGUGGGUGGCCCACUCUCGCUCCCUGGCUGCUCGCCUGGGUAAAGCUCUGCCAGAGUCUGCCGUCAAGAUCACCGCCGGCCCGGUCGAAGAAGGCGACAAACAAAAGUCCGGCGACACAGCCGCCGCCCAGGAGAAGAUCACGGCCGAGGUCAACCUGCCCAUGUCGAAGUACGAGUACCACGCGCUCGAGCCGGCUAUCAUUGAGACACCGCAGCUGCGGGAUAUGGGGGAAGCGACACCGCCGCUCGAAUGGAUUGGUUUGAACAGGGACAGACUGCCGAAUGUGACUCAUCAGAUCAUUAUUGUCAGCUUGUUGGAGGUGGCGAAGGAGGUUGAGGAUGCUUAUGAGAGGAUUUUGGGGUCGUCAUUCACGGUCGAGGAGCUCCGUGACCUCAUGGACAACCCGAAGAACAUUCGGAACAUGUCCGUGAUCGCUCACGUCGACCACGGCAAGUCCACCCUCACCGAUUCCCUCGUGCAGCGCGCCGGUAUCAUUUCCGCCAAGAACGCCGGUACAGCUCGAUUCACGGACACCCGCGCAGACGAGCAGGAACGAGGUGUGACCAUCAAGUCGACGGCCAUCUCGCUGUACGGCUCGCUCUUUGAUCCUGAGGACUUGAAGGACAUCCCAGUCAAGACCGAGAAGAACGACUUCCUGGUGAACUUGAUCGACUCGCCCGGCCACGUUGACUUCUCCUCCGAGGUCACCGCUGCCCUCCGUGUCACCGACGGUGCGCUCGUCGUUGUCGACACCAUCGAAGGUGUGUGCGUGCAGACCGAGACUGUGCUCCGUCAGGCUCUCGGUGAGCGCAUCAAGCCAGUCGUCGUCAUCAACAAGGUCGACCGUGCGCUCCUCGAACUCCAGCUCUCGAAGGAAGAUCUGUUCCAGAACUUCUCUCGUGUCAUCGAGUCCGUCAACGUCGUCAUCGCCACCUACUACGACAAGGCACUCGGAGAUGUCCAGGUGCAGCCCGACAAGGGCACCAUCGCUUUCGGCUCCGGUCUCCACGGCUGGGCUUUCACUGUCCGCCAAUUCGCCGCCAAGUACUCGAAGAAGUUUGGUGUGGACAAGAACAAGAUGAUGGAGAGGCUUUGGGGUGACAGCUUCUUCAACCCAAAGACCAAGAAGUGGACCAAGGUGGGCACACACGAGGGCCAGACCCUGGAGCGUGCCUUCAACCAGUUCUGCUUGGACCCCAUCUUCAGGAUCUUCGACACGAUCAUGAACGACAAGAAGAAGGAGAUCCCAACUCUCCUCGAGAAGCUUGAGAUCAAGCUGGCCACGGACGAGAAGGAGCUUGAGGGCAAGCCACUGCUCAAGGUGGUCAUGCGCAAGUUCCUGCCGGCCGCUGACGCGCUCAUGGAGAUGAUGAUUCUGCAUUUGCCAUCCCCAGCCACCGCCCAGAAGUACCGUAUGGAGACACUCUACGAAGGACCUCACGACGACGAGUCUGCCAUCGGUAUCCGGGACUGCGACCCCAAGGGCCCGCUCAUGCUUUACGUCUCGAAGAUGGUCCCGACUUCCGACAAGGGCCGCUUCUACGCCUUCGGUCGUGUGUUCUCCGGUACCGCUCGCUCUGGUCUCAAGGUCCGCAUUCAGGGCCCCAACUACAUCCCGGGCAAGAAGGAGGACCUGUUCGUCAAGUCUAUCCAGCGUACCAUUCUCAUGAUGGGCAAGUACACCGAGCCCAUCGAGGACGUCCCAGCUGGCAACAUUCUUGGUCUUGUCGGCAUCGACCAGUUCUUGCUCAAGUCUGGUACCCUCACCACUUCCGAAACUUCGCACAACCUGAAGGUGAUGAAGUUCUCCGUCUCUCCUGUCGUGCAGCGGUCCGUCGAAGUCAAGAACGCCAACGAUCUUCCCAAGCUCGUCGAAGGUCUCAAGCGUCUGUCCAAGUCCGACCCUUGCGUGCUCACCAUGAUCAACGAGUCCGGCGAGCACAUUGUCGCUGGUGCUGGUGAGCUCCAUCUCGAAAUCUGCUUGAAGGAUCUCGAGGAGGACCACGCUGGUGUGCCACUCAGAAUCUCCGACCCCGUGGUGCAGUACCGUGAGACCGUCGGUGGCGACUCCCGGAUCAUUGCGCUCUCCAAGUCGCCCAACAAGCACAACCGUCUGUACAUCUCCGCCACGCCUUUGGCUGAGGAGGUGUCCAAGGACAUCGAGGCAGGCAAGAUCGGCCCACGUGACGACUUCAAGGCGCGCGCCCGUAUCCUCGCUGACGACCACGGCUGGGAUGUCACCGAUGCACGUAAGAUCUGGUGUUUCGGUCCCGACACCAACGGCGCCAACUUGCUCGUCGACCAGACCAAGGCCGUGCAGUACCUCAACGAAAUCAAGGACUCCGUCGUCUCUGGUUUCCAGUGGGCCACCAAGGAAGGUCCAGUCGCCGAGGAGCCGAUGCGCAGCUGUCGCUUUAACAUCAUGGAUGUCACGCUCCACGCCGACGCCAUUCACCGUGGUGGUGGUCAGAUCAUCCCGACUGCCCGCCGGGUGCUCUACGCCGCUACCCUGCUCGCAGACCCAGGUCUCCUUGAGCCCGUCUUCUUGGUCGAAAUCCAGGUGCCCGAGCAGGCCAUGGGCGGCAUCUACGGUGUGCUCACCCGCCGGAGAGGUCACGUCUUCGAGGAGGCCCAGCGCCCCGGCACUCCUCUGUUCAACGUCAAGGCCUACCUGCCCGUCAAGGAGUCGUUCGGCUUCAACGCAGAUCUCCGCUCCAACACGUCCGGCCAGGCCUUCCCGCAGUCCGUGUUCGACCACUGGCAGAUCCUGCCCGGUGGCUCGCCGCUCGACAGGACCACCCUGCCCGGUCAAGUCGUCGAGGAGAUGCGCAAGAGGAAGGGUAUCAAGGUCGAGGUGCCAGGCUACGAGAACUACUACGACAAGUUGUAA